CUCCAACAUUUCAACGUCCACACAUGCCUCGAUUCACUCGUCAAUUGAUAGCUCGUCCACUAACUGGAACAUUCCAAACUCGUCAAUUGUUUAUUCAACUUCCAUCCAGCGUCUAAUCAACAUUUGUCGACUACUUGUUCGGCAUAUGUUCGACUAUCCGCAGACUCCUCAACGCGAAAGACUUGAUUAUAUAGCAGUAUUUGGUUAUGUCCAGAAUUAAGAAAUCGUUCGAUGCCACCACUGGCCAGGUAUUCACUCAAUGGGAUUUUUCCGGCCCUCGUGGCAUGCCUGGCCCCUGGAACCACCGACUUAGUCGUAUGCUAUAUAGUUUCGAACCUCCCCAGCCCAAACCUGAGCCUCCAGCACCGCUCGUCGACAUAUGUGUAGAAUUUGUCGUGAAACACAUCGAUCAAGUAAGAACGGAACAUCUUCAGCAACUCCCAGUUCAUGUCAUAAAUAGAAUAUGGGAGCGCAUAAAGCAAUAUAACUGGAUAUCCUUGGAAACUUGGAAACUCCUGGCUACGAUGCUGGCACCAAAUUGUAGACCCACAGAGGACAUCUGUCCCCUCCUGGUAAACCAUUAUAUGGUUGUGGCCAAGAUACAGCCCCUCGCAGCAUUCAUAGAGCCCUUGAAUUCUCCUACAUUUGACUUUUUAACACACCUUACCAUUGCUAGCAAUGUUCCCGGUAGCGCCGCCGAGCUGUUACAACUGGUCCAGCUAAAGAAUUUGGCUAUACUGGAGUUCAUACAAGUUGAUACGACACCAGAAGCGCGUGGUUUCUUACAUAUAAUGGACCAACUAACGGACUCGGUUUUGCGAGAAUGGUCCACAACGCCGGGCGCCUUCCCGCUGCUCAGGGUAAUGAGGAUUUGGGGAAAUGGUUGCACCACAAGACACUCCCUCCGUUAUAUUAGCGCGUUUCCAUCCCUUGUUCUGUAUGAUGUGGCUGGAGAACAGCACGACUGGCAUUUUACGGACCACUCCGUCUGGAGAGGACGACAUGGAACCUGGAAACAUCAUCAUUUUGAGAUAAAUCUACAUACUCACGGGUGGCUUUUGGACCGCGCUCUCAUUCGUGAUCCAAGAAAAAGGACGUCUCCUGGAAUUAGCUCCACCAUUAAAAAUUACUUUUACGGCGAUCAAUGCUGGGGUUUUCUCAUGUAUGGUUAUAUCGGAAGACUGCUAUCCAACCGAGACCUUAGCUCGCAAGGACUGGUCCUUGGUGAAACUGCACUCGGCCUCGGAAAAUUGUCUCUUCCACCCCGGCCUAUCGUCAACGUCACCCUCGGACCAAUGGGAAGCGACUGUAGUAAACUAACUAGGUUCACUAAAAACGACGACCUCGCCCGAAACUUUGCGACCCAGAUCACAUUUGUGCGGUAUAUCCAUGCUGAGAGACAACAGGAAGCAGCGAAAACGACGCCGGCCACAAGUAAGGCGUUCAAGAGGCCGUCUUCUCCUCAGGCUGCACCGGAUAAGAUACGGGCUAAAAAGCGGCUAGAAACCUCGAGUCUUCUUGAUUCUUUCAGCAAAGGGUAACCAUUCGUGUGAAAAACGAGAGAUGUCUCAGGGUGGAAUAACCGAUUGGAAUGGACAUUAUGUCUAGUUCUCUUAUACCUAAGCAGAACCUCUACUAGGCAUCGUAAAGAGUAAGAGAUAUUUUGAAUAAGGGUGUUUAACACGAAUUCGUGAAAUAUAUUGUAACAACGACAGUAAUAUCACUGGUUUGACUCCUAUGAUCUACCGCG